AUGAGGGAGAACUUGGAAGCUUUGAAGGAGCGCGUCGUUCAAAUAGAACGACGUUUUGGUGACGUGGAUGAUAACGAGACACAGACAAUUUUGUAUAAAUUACAGGCUAUUUCGAACGAAGUCAAACGGAUGCUUAGGGAUGGAACGGCGUGCUCAAAGACUUUUUGGCGACUUUUAGAAACACACGGUGAAAGCAGCAGUGUAAAUUUGUCUUGUGAUGAAAAAACGGUGCUACUGACGUGUUUGGACUCAUUCAGGGAGAUUCUGCGACAGUUGCAAGAGCUGGAAUUGUGGUAUCGAGACGAGAGCCUGGAUCACGUGAUCUCGUGUGGAAUCCUGGACAGCAGUCUCACGGGCAAGGCAGGCGCUGGCCGCGUGCAAGUCUCGCAAUUGCCGCAGCAGUUCUCACAGGUUUCGCGGCUGGUAGUAGGGACUAUGGCGCUAAUGCAUCGAUUUGUGGAAUUUAACGCGAGAAGCAACGAUUUUUGGAAUAACACUCAGAAGCGAGUGAGGUCCCUGGAGCGAGAAUGGCAGGCCCUAGAAGAGUCAAGAACUGUGUGA